AUGCCGACAAGGUUUCAUGUGAUAUUUUUAAUAAUUUUUAUAAAUUUUCAAUUUACGUUAGGAAAAUCUCCAAAUAUUUGUGGAACACAAACAACGUGUUUUAAUUGUCUUGAUAUUCAUGAAGAAUGUGCUUGGUGUUCAAAAUGGGAUGAUAAUAUACAAGUUAAGUGUAAUUUAAAAGAGAAUCUAUUAGAAGCUGGAUGUGAAGAGGAAUAUAUCCAAACAGGAAAAAAAAGUUCACUGGAAAUAACAAGGGAUGAUAAAUUGGGUGAAUUUAAUCUUGAUGGAAAUUUAAAAACAAUUCAAUUAAAACCUCAACAUUUUCAAAUCAAAUUAUCAAAAAAUAAAGAAGUUACAAUAAAUAUUACAGUCAGUCCAGCAAAAAAUUAUCCUUUGGAUAUAUAUUUUUUAAUUGAUGCAUCUUAUAGUAUGAUGGACGAUGUAAACACAAUUAUUAAACUUGGAAAUGAAAUUAUGAAAUCGUUAAAAGAGUUAACAUUAAAUUAUCGCUUGGGAUUUGGUACAUUCUCGGAUAAACCAACAAUGCCAUGGACUCAAAUGAGUCCAGAACAUUUAAAGAAUCCAUGCAAAGGGCAGUCGUUAACGUGUAAACCACCCUACGAUUUUAAACAUGGUUUAUCAUUGACCAAUGACACAGCAAAAUUUAUUGAACAGGUAAAACAAGAUAUGAUUACGGGUAACUUGGAUAAUGUCGAUGGUGGGCUAGAUGCAUUAAUGCAAGUGGCUGCAUGUGAAAAGGAUGUUGGAUGGUUGAAGGACACUCGACGAAUUAUAAUUAUGGCUAGUGAUAGUUUAUGCCAUUUUGCUGGUGAUGGGAAAUUAGGUGGUAUUAUUAAACCAAAUGAUGGAAAGUGUCAUUUAGAUGAAAAUGGAUUUUAUACGCAUGCAUUAUCAUUGGAUUAUCCAUCCAUUUCACAAAUAUAUAAAAUUCUUCAUCAAAAUAAGAUAAACGUAAUAUUCGCUGUAACUGAAAAUAUUAUGCCAAUUUACGACCAAAUACAUGAGUUAAUUCCAAAAUUUACAUAUGUCGGUCGUUUAGAAGAAGAUAGUUCGAAUAUAAUACAUUUACUAAAACAAGGAUAUGCAAAAAUCGUAUCAAAAUUAAACUUAGAAGAUAAUUCAACAUCCCCAUUACGCCUAACAUAUUAUUCAAAUUGUGGUCAGAAAAACGGAAAAUUUGUGGAAACAUCCACUUGCAAAAAUGCUCAAAUUGGAGAAGUUUAUGAGUUUCAAGUAAAAUUUAAUCUUGAUAGUUGCCCUAAUAAUCCAAAAGACCGAAAACAAAGGUUUAUUAUUGAUGAAGCGAAUUUAGGAUCAGAAAAUAUAGUUGUUGACAUUGAAAUGCUAUGUGGUUGCGAUUGUAACGAUCCUAAUAAUGUUUUAGCAAAUAGUACGAAUUGUAACUAUCAUGGAAAUGAAGUUUGUGGAUUAUGUGAAUGUGAAAAACCAUGGCUUGGCAAAUAUUGCCAAUGUGAUUCGGCAGUAGAAACAUCCUUACAGCUUGACGAUCAGUGUCGAAAAAAUGGAUCUAUAUGGAAAUGUUCUAAUCGAGGUGACUGUAUUUGUGGAACCUGCCAUUGUGAUCCUGGAUUUUCGGGCCCCUACUGUGAGUGUAACGAUUGUGACAGGAUUGGUGGAAAAAUUUGUAACAAUCAUGGGGUUUGUGAUUGUGGUGAAUGCGUUUGUGAGCCCGAAUACACAGGUACAAAUUGUGAGUGUGCCUCAAUGCAUGAUACAUGCAUUGAAGAGGGAAAUACAAAAGUGUGUAACGGCCGUGGCGAAUGUAAAUGUGGCCAAUGUGUUUGUAUGAAAGUACCAAAUUUUGAAUUUAUUGGUAAAUAUUGUGAAAUAUUGUUCGAGGGUGACUGUACACAAUUUGUACCGUGUGUCAAAUGUAUUGUGGAUGGCCAAUGUGGUACAAACAAGGAUGAGUGUAAAACAAAUGAAACUACUUAUAAUGUCAUCGAGCUUAGUGAUAACGAUAUUACAAACGAAAAUGUAUGUAUUUUUCGUGAGAUAAAUGCAAAAAAGGAAACUUGUGAAUACAAAUAUACUUACAAUGUAUUACAAGUGAAUCAAAUUAAUUUAAAAAUAUAUCCAAAAAAUUGUGGUACUUCUUUAGUAGCAUACGUUAAUAUUUGGAUGAUUUUAGGUGCCUUAUUAAUUGCCUAUAUCAUAGCACUAAUUAUUAUAAAAUGUCGUAAUUCCUAUAAAGAUCGUAUUGAAUAUGCACGAUUCAUAGAAAAUAGAAAAUUUGAACAAACUGAAAUGAAUCCUUUAUAUAAAUCGCCACAUACUUUCCAUGAAGUUCCAAAAGAACUACGUAAAAUCGACUAAUUGAUGCAACAUAAUUUUGAAAUACUUUUAAGAUUAUGUUUUAACGGUUCCUAUUUUUUUUGCGUUCCUAUUAUAUAUAACAGCAUGCUAGUAUGCUGGUAAAAUUUUCCGCUAAUUAGAUUGGAUAAUAAAACGCUAGAGGGUUUAAUUGUCCAAUCAUAAAACAUGUUUUUUAGAGGGCACGCAAUCGCAUACGAUGUAUGCGUUAAAUAAAUAAUCAAGUCCAAAUAGCUUAAAAAUUUUAAAAUAUUAUAAAUUGAAAAAUUCGUCGUAAAGUUGCCAUUCUGAUUUUGUUGUAUAUGUCGCAGCCAAUUAGCUUGAAUUAGCCGUUCAAUUAACAGCCUAGCCUUUUACUAAACGGCGCCGUUCAUCUCGUAGCUCCUGAAUGAUUUUCAGUAGUAGCGUCUAAUACAACAUUUAAUGAACUGACUGGCUGAUGCUUACGCCAUUCGUACAAUAGAAAUAUAUUGUAUCUGACAUAGAAAUUGUUUAUGUUCGUAAUUUAAAAUAUAACAAAGUGCACAUGACUCAAUAACAAAGUACACAUGUAAGUAAUUAAAAUAUUAUUUGUUUAAACUUUCAUGGCAUUUCAAUUCGCAAAAACCAAAACAAACGCAUCUAUUUAUUGCAAUUCACUGAUUCACAGCAAACCUCGACUACAUUUUUUAAAUCUCUGGCCAAAGAAAGGUGACUGGUUUGCGACAAUAUCUUUCAAAGAAAUUAAACUUGCUGAAAUUUGGGGCCAUAGUUUGUAUCUGAAUAAUGCAACUCUUGCCGUGUGAAAACAAUUUUUUAAUAGUAUCAUACUUAUUUGCAACUUUUUGUCACUACACUCUUCCAUUGUAAUUUUUUGUGUGCCAACUAAUUUAACUGUGAGAAGCACCAACAAUAUUGUUGCUUGCCGGUGUCAGAUUAAUAGUGUAUGGGUUUCAAGGCCAGGUGGCAGAAAGUGAAACUAAAUUUAAAUGAAUAGGCUAGGCAAGUAGUUAAAUGUUAUCAAUCCAAGUCAUUUUUCUAGCUGUUUGAUUGAAUGGCUACUUAUCGUUCAGACCGCUAGUUGAACGUCGCCCGCGUUUCGUUAAAAGGCAAGGGUGUUAAUUUAACGGCUAUAUAAGCUAUUUGAUUGCGACAUGUAUUCUGCGAUUAUAAACAAAUAUCAGUUGUAUUCUAUAGCGUACCAUAGAUGGUGAGAGGUAAUUGUCUACUAUUUUAAAACCUAGCCAGCCUACAUUGGGUAUGAUCAACAUAAUUUUACGCAUUUUACAUGAUAAUACCUGGUCCUUGGAUUCUUCAGAUAGCUCCAUUGUGAAAUAUUUUUAAGUUUAUGUUUUAAUCACUUCUUUUAAUUUAUUUUCAAUACAUCGAAAAUUUACACGACUUAUAUUUCUGCAAGACAGUAUUAAUAAAAAAAAAAAAGUAUGUUCUCGUUCCAGAUACUUUCUAUACAUAUUUCUACGGAAGGGCUCGUGUGUACAACGAUUGUAGCACGGAACUCUACCGUUCUACUUCGGAAUACAGGUUUUUAAGAUUUGCUUCGUAACAGAUGUGAAAAUAUAGUACAUAUAUAUUUUGCUAA